CUCCGAGUACGAGGAAGAAGGAACACUGGAAGAGGAUCCCCUCAACACACCGCCAGACUCCGAAAGCUAUUAACAUUGUUUGGGCCGUUAGGGCGGUUGGCGGCAAAUCGGCGGCCGGCGGCAGUUGCGUCGCACCCCGAAGCGUGCCUGGGCGCACGCUCCCUCUCUGCUCCUCCACUCAGAGAGCUGGGGAACGCGGCGGGCGGUGGAACUACAACUCCCGCAAGGCCUUGCGCGUCCAGGGCGCUUUACAAUAGAAGCUCGGUUGGCGAGGUCUGCGGAGAGGUGCCGGAACUGCCGUUUCCCGCAUGUACAGCUCAACGAGAAGGACGGAUCAGGGGAGGGCGGGGGAGAGACUCCAAUGCCCAGCGGGCCCUGCGCGGGCGGCGCUUGCGCGAAACGCGGACGGGGGGGCGGUCGGGCCAUUUAAAUGUAUGUUUGUGGGUGAAAUGGCUGCGCAGGUCGGAGCGGUUCGCGUAGUACGGGCGGUGGCGGCGCAGGAGGAGCCGGACAAAGAGGGGAAGGAGAAAUCCCACGUUGGGGUCUCGCCGCGGGGAGUAAAGCGGCAACGCCGGGCGAGCAGUGGGGGUUCUCAGGAGAAGCGGGGGCGGCCGAGUCAGGACCCCCCUCUCGCUCCCCCUCAUCGGCGGCGUCGCAGCCGCCAACAUCCCGGGCCGCUGCCUCCAACGAAUGCCGCCCCAACCGUCCCGGGCCCUGUUGAGCCUUUGCUCCUGCCGCCUCCGCCGCCACCGUCACUGGCGCCCGCCGGGCCCGCUGUCGCUGCCCCGCUCCCGGCCCCAGGCACCUCGGCCCUCUUCACCUUCUCGCCCCUGACGGUGAGCGCGGCCGGGCCCAAGCAUAAGGGCCACAAGGAGCGGCACAAACACCACCACCACCGCGGCUCCGAUGGUGACCCCGGCGCCUGCGUUCCGGGCGAUCUCAAGCACAAGGACAAGCAGGAAAACGGCGAGAGGAGCGGAGGGGUGCCUCUGAUCAAGGCCCCCAAGAGAGAAACAGCAGAUGAAAAUGGUAAAACCCAGAGAGCUGAUGAUUUUGUCUUGAAGAAAAUAAAGAAGAAAAAGAAAAAGAAACAUCGAGAAGAUAUGCGAGGAAGACGCCUUAAAAUGUACAAUAAGGAAGUACAAACCGUCUGUGCUGGCCUGACCCGCAUCAGCAAAGAAAUUCUCACCCAAGGACAGCUAAAUAGCACUUCAGGAGUUAAUCAAGAGUCCUUCAGAUACCUGAAGGAUGAACAGCUGUGCAGAUUAAAUUUGGGCAUGCAAGAAUAUCGGGUGCCCCAGGGAGUGCAGACACCUUUCACAACGCACCAAGAACACUCUAUUCGCAGAAAUUUCUUAAAAACAGGUACUAAAUUUAGCAACUUUAUUCAUGAAGAACACCAGUCCAAUGGUGGCGCUCUUGUCCUUCAUGCUUACAUGGACGAACUCUCAUUUUUGUCUCCAAUGGAGAUGGAGAGAUUUUCUGAGGAGUUUCUUGCUUUGACAUUCAGUGAAAAUGAGAAAAAUGCUGCCUACUAUGCUUUAGCAAUAGUGCAUGGAGCGGCUGCUUAUCUCCCAGACUUCUUGGACUACUUUGCUUUUAAUUUUCCCAACACUCCAGUGAAAAUGGAAAUUUUGGGCAAGAAAGAUAUUGAAACAACCACCAUUUCAAAUUUUCACACUCAGGUCAACAGGACAUAUUGCUGUGGUACCUACCGAGCAGGUCCUAUGCGGCAGAUAAGUCUUGUUGGAGCAGUUGAUGAAGAAGUUGGUGAUUAUUUCCCAGAGUUCCUUGAUAUGUUAGAAGAAUCACCAUUUCUGAAAAUGACUUUGCCCUGGGGUACACUUUCCAGCCUCCAACUGCAGUGUAGGUCUCAGAGUGAUGAUGGGCCUAUAAUGUGGGUGAGACCCGGAGAACAAAUGAUCCCCACAGCAGACAUGCCAAAGUCACCCUUCAAAAGACGACGAUCAAUGAAUGAAAUUAAAAAUCUCCAGUACCUACCUCGGACAAGUGAACCCCGAGAAGUCCUCUUUGAAGACAGGACAAGAGCUCAUGCUGAUCAUGUAGGUCAGGGGUUUGACUGGCAGAGUACGGCUGCUGUUGGGGUUUUGAAGGCUGUACAAUUUGGUGAAUGGAGUGACCAACCUCGCAUAACCAAAGAUGUGAUUUGUUUUCAUGCUGAGGACUUUACUGAUGUUGUACAGAGACUGCAGUUAGACCUUCAUGAACCUCCAGUGUCCCAGUGUGUACAGUGGGUGGAUGAAGCAAAACUAAACCAAAUGAGGCGAGAAGGAAUUCGCUAUGCUAGAAUUCAGCUUUGCGACAAUGAUAUCUACUUCAUCCCUAGAAAUGUCAUUCAUCAGUUCAAAACAGUGUCAGCAGUGUGCAGCUUAGCCUGGCAUAUAAGGCUUAAACAAUACCACCCUGUUGUGGAAGCCCCUCAAAACACAGAAAGCAAUUCCAACAUGGACUGUAGUUUACCUGGAAAGCGAGAAUUAGAAGUUGACUCCCAGUGUGUGAGAAUAAAAACUGAAUCUGAGGAAACAUGCACAGAGAUGCAGCUUUUGACAACUGCCCCGCCAUCUUUCCCACCUCCAUCAGAGCUUCAUCUCCAGGAUCUGAAGACACAGCCUAUUCCAGUUUUCAAGGUGGAAAGUAGACUGGACUCUGACCAGCAACACAGUCUGCAGGAACAUCCAAGCACUCCUGUGUGAUAUGUACAUAUUCAAACACAUUUUUUAACUUUUUUAAAUUUUGAUGUGAAGUUAUAGUUUUAUAACUGGCUUAAGUUAAGUUUUAUUGGAGAAAUCUUGCCUAUAAUUCUAUAAAGAGAAAUGACAUUCCACAAAUGUCAAGCAUAUCUUUUUUACACAGAUUAUGCAAAGCUAAGAGUUGUAUCUUAUCCCGUUAGUACAGUAUGUAAUAGUGGGUCUGCUGCUACUUUCUGUUUUAAGGUGUGAGGUAACAAUUCAAUCUCUUCUUCAAAUCAAAACCAGAAUUCUCUGGAUUAGCAGGUUCUCACUUGGUAAAUGAUUCACUUCCCUUGGUUUUAUCUUUCCUUGUCUCUUGCCAUAUUUGCUUUAUGUGGUAGAAAGAUUUAUGGUUUAGUACUUGUGUCUUCAUGGCACCUCGCCAGUUUCCACAGUAAAAUGGCAUUGGUUGCAGGAAAGGCUCCUACAUUUGGUACAUGGGCAAGUAAAUUAGUUCCAACCACAAAGAAGACAUAGUUUCUAAAGAAAAUUGAGUGGCUCUGGUUUUAGCACAAGAGGAAGCACAGCACUUUCUGAUCCAGGCUGUCUUUUUGUGUCUGUUAUUUAAAACCCAGUGGAUAUUUCAAUUAAACAAAAUCUAAAGACGGAUAAUUCUUGGUUAUUCAUUAUCCAUGGCUCAUUAAUUUUUUUCUAGGCUACAUAGUAACUGGAGGCUAUUUUGAGCAAAAGAGAUAAUGUUGACCCAUUGUUCUGCUUCCGAGUAUCCUCACAUUUCCUGUGGAUACUUUCCCUAAACUGAUCACAAAUAUCAAAGUUAGAGAUUCAUAUCAGUCUUACUGAUGAGGCCUGCCAUAUCUGAGCAUCAAACUUAGGAGAAACUAUUCUUGUGACUUGGCAUCUACUUUUGAAACCUUCACAAUUUUAUCUGGUGAAUACCUGGGUUUGUCCAUUGUUAGUCGUGUUGCUAUUUUCUAGUAACAGGCAUUAGACUUCCAUCCUAGAGUUUCAGAUGGGCUGAAGCUUAGGGUCUGGAUAUUUACUUUGUUUUCAAUAUAGGCCUUCUUUCAAUAGGCUUCCUUCAUUGAAGUAGUGGUCUUUCUCUUAUUUGGAAUGUUCAUGUGCUAUGCAUUCUACUUUCUCUUAGUUGAUAACUCAGUAGGCCUUUUAUUUACUAAAGGAAGAGUACUCCCCACACCUAAGACCAGAUUCUUGUAUCUACCUGGUUACAGUGCAAUUUGAUUUUUUUUUUUCCUGGAUGGUGAGAUUUGAAAUAUUUGCAUUAACAUAGGCAAAAGAAAAAGAUGCUGCUUUAUUAUGUCUGUCACCAUGGAACUUAGCUGCAUCUUUGGAAAUAUCAAAUAUGAAUUUUCUCUAAAAAUAUUCUGAAAUAGGUUAAAUCUUAUAUAAAUAUUACUUUGUGCAAUAUUGUUGUGUAGUUAAAUGCAUAUUAGCAAAGUAUAGAGGUCACUGUGUAAACCGAUAGAAAAGUAACCAUCAGCAAAUACUACAGUGAUUAGUUAGAAUCUGUAUUAUUCCUUAUAUAUAUGUAUAUGUAUGUAUUCUCUGUUACAAAGGAUGAAGACAAAUAAAUAGGGAAACACUUCAAUGUAAACCUUUUAUGAAUUGGAAGUGAUGUUGCUUUUAGUUAUCUUUGUAAAUAAGGUAAUUAGAAUGGUGUGAAAGGUCAUGUGAUUAUUACAGGGGUGUUUUUAAAUCCUGUGUAUAAAUUCUAGUUUAUCAAACUAGUUUUUAAGGGACCUUUGAGGGUAUUUUUUGUUGUUGUUACUUUGUGGAGAAGGGGUUUAUCAGAAAUAUGAAUGGGUUUGGGUUAUUUCUUAUUUUUAUUUUUCUGUCCAGAAGAAUUUCAUAGAGCUUUACCAGGCUGUGCAAAGAAAAAUUCUUCUCAGGCAACCUUUGCUUUUAAAAGUAAUCAUGAAGAGAAAAAGUUGUUAACGCAAAAAGUUUUAUUUUUGUUUUUCUUGUCUUCCAAGAUCCGAUUUCCCCAUCUCCCACUUGCCAUCCAGCAGAUGCCAUCUGUCAUCUAAGCUGGUCAUUACCUAAAACCAAGGAGACUGUCUCCUGACAGCCAGCACUGUGUGUAAUCACUCAGGAACCAGCGGAUCUGCAAAGACCUACAAUCAAAUGCAAAUCUCCAUUUUCCUUUUUACAAAAGUCUACCCUCACCUCCAGUAUAAACAAUAAAAGAAUAUAAAAAUGUUGAAAAUCAUGUACUAAUGAAGUCAUUGUAUAUUAGAUUGCAAUAGAAUGGAAAGAAACAUUUAGCUAGUAAUGUAUCUGGAAACUCUGAAUGUCCUAUGUGAGUAUUAGAUUUUGAUAGCAUGCUUUCAAAGACUGAUGAAUAUAAAAGCAGAAGUUUUGAGUUUCUUGCUGCUUUCAAAACUGUCCUAGUUGAGCGAUAUAAAUGAUUGCAGCUUUUCUAAAUCAUUAAACUAUUUGGUUUGGUGGAGUGAGGCAUGGUGGAGCAGUCUGGCAUCCUCUGAUUUGUAAAGUAACGAUGGCAGUGAAGUUGUAACUGAAAUUGAAACUGAUCUUCCUUUCUGGUAUGUCAUCUGUUGUGCCAACCCUUGGGAUUACUUGCAGAAUGUGGCUAUAUGUUUUAGUACUUUGUGGAUCAGAGAGGUAUUUAAAAAAUAUGCUAUGGAAAAGACCUAAUAAACGAAUAUUCCUGACAGCAAAUAUAAUGAUUUUAUGGUAACUAUUAAAAAGCAUAAAAGUCUUCCCCUUCCCCAGAGGUCAUUCUAUACUUGUCAAGGUAGGCUAGGAGUUAGGGUUAUGAUUCUAAGAGGUGUCCCAAAUUCAUAAAGCAAUAAUAACCUCCAUAUUGGUUCCCUCUUCCAAACUCUUGAAAAAUGAAUUCUUAGGCUUAAUUGUACUUGCCUAUUCAGUACUUAAAAGUUUUACUGAUGCAUUAUUUUUACUUAAAGACUUUUAGAAAGUGCCCUGUCCCCUCAAACAGUUGAACUCUCAGUUCACUAAUAUUACAGGCUCUUGUAUGGGGAAGGGAACUUACAAAUCAUUUACUAAACUUUAGGGACAGAUGUAUCAGUCUUAACAGGCAUAAAGAUCUCACCUAAUGACUUGAGAAACUUUUGUUUAUUGCUUUUCCCUGUAUAAAUAUUGUCUAGAAGGAGAGUUAAUAUAGGAACAAGACUCCAAAAUCCAUGAAAAUAUAUUCCUAGUGAAUAUAUCCUUUAUCAUUAAUAUUAGCCCAUUAUAUUUCAUCUGUAUUUGCCUUUGAAAUUUAUUUGUAUUUAUUGAGGAUAUUAGAAUUACUGAGUUUGUGUCUUUCUAAUAAAUCUGUUUCACCCUUUCAGUAGCACAUGCCAGAGGUUCACAUUUGUGCUAAGUUUCAUGUUUUCAAGACAGUCUAGCUGUAUUUACUGGCCAUGCAGGUAGAGGAGACGCACAGCACCAGGGUUUUCUAAGUGCAUAAAGGACUCAUCCUCAUCCGGAAGUCUGUUGCUUCAAAAGCAAGUAUCCAUAAAUAUUAGGGCCUUCCAUUUUAAAAUAUCUUCUUACAUUUUUUAGGAUCCACUUGUGCAUGUAGUUGAGACCACUGUCUCUUAAAAUAUAGCACUUUUCAAUUCUCUCUAAAGAAAUACUUAUGUACUACUUCUAUCACAUGUUGUAAAUUUUCAUGUAAUAGUGUUUUCUGUGACUAAACUUCAUUUUGAUUGGCAGCUAAGACUUUUUUUUUCCCUGUGGCUUUAAUUUAUCUAAGAGGUCUUUGCAUAUAGAUGAAAUGUAUAAUUUGCCUGGCGGACUAUUUGCGUUUGUGUGGCCUUAGUUUGUUUAUUGACAUUAACAAGUGUUUUAAAAGGUUUUUAAUGACUAGUCUUAAAUCUAAAUUUGUGUGAAUAAUCACCCUUUUAACACAGUGCUUUUUGUAGCUGUCUGAGUGUUAAAUUGUUAAGCUAUUUCUUUGUAAAAUAGGACAAUGGAAUGCAUAGUUUUUUUUUCCUGUAAAGUAUUUUUUUAAUAAACAAAGUCUGAUUUGUCCU